AUGGCUUCCAAAGCAUUCAACGUGGGGGUUAUCGGCUACGGCAUGAGUGCCAAAGUCUUCCAUAUUCCCUUCGUCAGCGCCCUCCCAGAGUUCAAUCUAUAUGCAAUUGUGCAAAGAACGCCUUCAGCUUCGGAUGACGCCCAAAAGGAUCACCCAGAGAGCAAGGUAUAUCGAAGUGCGGAGGAGUUGGUCAGUGAUAGCGCCGUCGAUGUCGUGGUAAUCACAACUACUCCAGACAGCCAUUUCAGUUUGGCAAAGCUUGCUCUAGAGGCAAAGAAGCAUGUCCUCGUUGAGAAGCCGUUUACUCCGACUACAAAAGAAGCGGACGAGUUGAUGGAGCUAGCAAAGACACAAAAUAAGCUACUCACAGUGUACCAGAACCGAAGAUGGGAUGCAGACUUUGUCACAGCGUCAAAACUAAUCAAAGACGGCUCCCUUGGUCGCGUAGUCGAGUUUGAGACUCACUUCGACCGCCAUCGUCCAGAACUCAAUAUCAAGAAAGCAUGGAAGAACAAGGAUAUCCCUGGCGGUGGCUCUAUCUAUGACCUUGGAACGCAUCUCAUCGAUCAGGCAGUCCACUUGUUUGGCCUUCCAAACGAGAUCACCGGGUUCAUAACUGCCCAGCGAGAGAUUAAUACGGAAAAUUACGAGGAUUCAUUCACUGUUCUAUUACAUUAUGACAGGCUGUUGGUGACAGCGAAGAGUGGGGUUAUCAGUCCCGAGGAGAACCAGCUUCGGUUCUGGAUUAGAGGCGAAAAGGGGAGCUUUAAGAAGUACCACCUCGACCCUCAGGAGGACCAAUUACAAGCCGGUGUAAAACUUGAUGACGCUCAGUAUGGCUGCGAGCCCAGUGAUAGGCACGGUGUCCUUACAACGUUUGCUGGAGGAAAGUUCUCUUCGCAGACAGUUCGGCCAGAGCCACCAACUUACAAGGAGUUCUAUCAUUCAUUUGCAAAGGCUCUGUCUGGUCAAGGACCGGUUCCUGUAGACCCUGCAGAUUCGGGUACUGUCAUUCGUCUGGUUGAGCUUGCACAGGAGAGCUCCAAGAAGCGAGCAACCUUGUCUGUCUUAAGGUCCUAG